CGUAGGUACUGUGGAAACAGUUGAGCUCAGAUACACUGUCUCAUGUGAGAGCAAACAUUGCAAGUAGCAUAACUCGAGAAAUUCUUAUGUUCUGUGGAAACACAUCCGAGAUAAAUUUCUCAUGACAAAUAUCUCUUGAGAUUUUAGUCUCUUUAUGUACGCUUAGCUUUAGGAUAAGUUGCAUUUGCUUUUUGCAUUUGUUGUAUUAGUCAACCCUUUAGUUCAAAAUGUUGUUGAGUGAAGUUGUUUAAAGACAAGUAAAAGUAUUUGUGAAACAGGCCCCAGACUGAUAUUUUAGGAGGAUGGACCGAAAAAAUCUACAUUGACUGGUAGUGACCUUAAAAGAGAGACUGAUGAGAUUUUGAAUACUAUCUUACCGCCUCGAGAAUGGGAAGAAGAUGGACAGCAAUGGCGACAGAGUGUGUCUACCACACCUGCUACAAGAUUGGAUGUGGUCAAUUUACAAGAACAACUGGAUAUGAGGUUACAACAGAGACAGGCAAGAGAAACUGGAAUUUGCCCUAUACGUAGAGAGCUGUAUACACAAUGUUUUGAUGAACUAAUUCGUCAAGUUACAAUAAAUUGCGCAGAACGAGGACUUUUGCUACUUAGAGUUCGAGAUGAAAUGAAAAUGACGAUUGAAGCAUUCCAGGCGCUGUACUGUAGUAGUGUUGCCUUUGGUAUGAGGAAAGCGUUGCAAGCAGAACAAGGUAAAUCAGAUCUCUUCCAGGCCGUAGAGAUUCUCAAAAAUGAAAAGCAAGACUUAGAACAACAAAUUACGGAACUGAAGCAACGAGCUGAACAGGCUGAUAGAAGAGCUGCCGAAACUAGACUGGCUGAAGAAAGAAAACAUACGGAAGAAAUUGCUUUCUUGAAGAAAGCUAAUCAACAGCUUAAGGCUCAACUGGAAGGAAUAAUCACCCCGAAGAAAUAAAACACCAGCUAAAAACGUAUAUAUUUAUUAAAAUUUAAGUCUCUUGUUCCAAAGCACUUCAGUUAUAUUGUCCUUACAUAACGCUAGGAAACCCUAGGCAGCCAAAUACAGUGUAAAAUUCAUAAUAAUAAAAAAUAUGACAGCUGCCAGUAUUUUCCGAAUAGAGAUAUUAUACUAAAGCCUUGGAUAAAAACAUUCAUAUACAUCGACAUUGUUCAAUAAA